GCCCCACAGGCCAGCAGCGACUCCAUGGUGGGCUAUGUGUUGGGGCCCUUCUUCCUCAUCACCCUGGUCGGGGUGGUGGUGGCCGUGGUAAUGUAUGUCCAGAAGAAAAAGCGGGUGGACCGGCUUCGCCAUCACCUGCUCCCCGUGUACAGCUACGACCCUGCUGAGGAGCUGCACGAGGCUGAGCAGGAGCUACUCUCUGACGUGGGAGACCCCAAGGUGGUCCAUGGCUGGCAGAGUGGCUACCAGCACAAGCGGAUGCCCUUGCUGGAUGUCAAGACAUGACUUGAGCCCCCUGCCCUGGUCUUCAGAACCAUGGGGUCCUGGAACGCCCAGGGCCCUGCAGCCUGCUGCUUCCCCCAGCUCCCCCUCCUGGGUACUGGGUCUCCGUUCCUCCUCCCACCUGCCCCCAGUCCUAAGCCCUGCAUAGCGGUCAGCCCCCACCGUCACCUCACUCCCUGCUAGGCCUUCAGUCCUUUGUGGGCUGAGCCUACCAGCCACUCCCAGGAGCUAAUGGGAAUCUUUCCUUCUGGGGUGGAAGGGUGGCUGGGAGACAGGGUGGAGCUUUGCCCUUCCACAGGCACCACCUUUCUCUAGCCCUCCCUGACUUGGCUUUGGAGCUGUUCCCAUGGUGACAGGGCCUAAUGUAUAAUAUUCAGUAUAUAUAUUUUGUAAAUAAAACGUUUUGUGGCUA